CUGAAAUCUCAUUUAAGUUGCGACAAUCGCCCGAGCGUAUUCCUCUAAAUUGGAGCCCUUACAUGGCUGGUGCAUUGUUGACUUGUGAAGUCUGCGUAGCCUGUAAUGUUUCUGUAAGCGAGGACUGGCGUAAUUCUCAGGAGUUCGAUGCUGCAGUACAGUAACCUUACACCUCGGCAAAAUCAGGGCACCGAUUGGAACAUCAGCCCUUCAGCACUCAGCUUCACUGCAUCCAUCCAACUUCCCUCCGAGCUCAGCUUCAUCACCAUUCUAGAGAAUUGUCAUUCUCGUUCAGCUCUCUGAACUAUUCAUCCACACAUGUGCUUUUGUCUCUCCACGUGUCCACCACGGCUCCGUACACUUCUCGGCCCCCAACAAUCAACAUCUGAGGCAACAGCUGAUGCGCAGGGCUGCACACCAUGAUCGUAUUGCUCCGAGACCUUCAUGCCAAUGAGACGUUCGUGCAGUCAUGCUGUACAUCCUCUGUGUGCUACACCAAGCCGACAGCCUUGCGCCACCACCGCCUUAUUCGAUAGAUUGAGGCGCCUGUCGCCCAGGACAUACGCAGAUCUCCUGCCUGGCAGGACAGUAUUUGUUAUGGCGUCUGGUGUGUUCAGCUCGGCCAUGAAUGACUGGGUGGCGUCUGCAAGGCUCUGCGAAUUGAGGCUCUUGCACUUUCAUGGUCUUAUAAGUAUGAUUGAUGGACGACCCUUUCGAAAAAUGAUCGCAAAUCAAGACAUGUACACACUUAGUGCGAAAAUACACUACACGCUUAUAGAUCGUUUCCGAGUUGAAGAUAAUGCAAAGCCCCCCGACGUCGUACGCCAAUGCGGCGAGCAGCUCUGAUGUUGUGGAUGGAAGCCACAGGCCUUUAGGUUACUCAGUUGAUCGAAGGAAUAGUGCCAUCCCGACUCAGAACCAGAACCAAAGAAGUCGUCUAGCUUCCGUUAUUACCAUUGGAAAAUCAAAUCCGGAGAGGUCACGACUCUCCGGCAGAUUAUCGAGAGGCUCCGUUGACACCACAUCCACCUCAAUCAAACCAUCUUUGGCAUCUCGUAGAGCCUCUCUUGCCCAAAACGUGCUUGAUUCCAUCUCAUCUCGACUUUCUGAGCCACCUUCCGGUGCCUCAACUACAUUGGAAACCCUACCUACCUCUCAGUAUGAUGGCCCGAUUCUUCAAGGACAGGGAAAGAGAAGAAAAAAGCAAAGGCCAAAAAAUCGACGCCAUAGGUCUUCACUUACGAGAGACCAUGGUGAUUUUCUUGCAUCUCGAGCUGGGGCCCUUGAACAUCAGCCAGUCAGCUCAGAACCCCUGAGCCCUUUACAGGAGGCAAUCUCAGAGGGUGACUUGGAAGCUGUGAGAAAUAUCAUCACCGAUAAAUCACACCUUUCAAGCCUAGAGAAUAUUGGAAAGCCACUGCAUGCUGCUGCACUCGCUGGAAAUGAAGCUAUUUUUAAUUUACUUUUGGAAUCUGGUGACUUCAAGAUUAAUGACCGAGAUUCUCGCGAACGGACUGCAUUAUAUGCGGCGAGGUCAAGAGGUCAUGAAUCAAUCGCACAAGUGCUGCUUGCAAAUGGCGCCAAAGAGCUUUCGUUCGAGGAAUCUCGUAUCGCAGGCAUUGAGCUCAAACAAUGGCUUGCCUACGAAUCCCAAAUGAACACGUCUUUACCUGCUGCCGUUUUGCAGGAGCAAACCAUCAAAGAUGCCGAGGUGACUGCAGAGCCAGAUUCUGACGACGACGUGAUCCCGGCGACAUUUUCUCAGCCCAACCGCGUAGAGUCAGAGUAUGAACACAUCUACAAGCUCGAAGUUGGGAGUUGCGAAAACAUCAAGGACAUGGAGGGAGUGGUCAAUAAAAAACGCGAGGAUGCUCAGAAAAGGGGGAAAUGGGUGAAAGGACCCAUUCCUACGCCAACCGCAGUUCCACAAGAUGUUCUUCCGAUGAAGCAUAAGCAUGUCAGAUUUCCAGGCUUUGGAUUCGAGAUACCUAUCGUGGAGUUCGACUUUACUAGCAACAGAGGUCACCGAGUAAUAUCCCCUGCGCCAACAGUCGACAACCUCCUUUACGGCGUGCAAGGAGUAGACUCAAUUACACGCGGGGAUGGUCCCUCCUCGGAUGUGGUUUGUAGAUGGUACCAUAUUCCUGUCAAUCAUCUUGGAUGGGCAGAGGAUCUCAUCAGGAAAAUAUACGAGAAGAGGAGUUUGAAAGAACAGCAAAAACGAGAUGUCAUCCUUCGGCGUGAACCAUUCUCCGUCGAUUCUGAUCCGUUGAAGCCAAUUCUGCUAGAUCCCCGUCCGCAAGCAAGAUCACUCAGACCACUUUGCCGCAAUAUGACCUUGGAUCGUGAUGGUAAUACCCGAAUGGCAUCCGCACUUAAUCUGAGAAUUCCUUUUGUGCACUGGGAAACCGAAGCGAACAGAUCUGAAAUGCAACGCAUUAUGGAGACAGUGCGUGAGGCCUACAAGCACGAUCUUGAUAACCCAAAUCUACAAAGGAAAAUACCAGACCUGAAAAUUAUUCAGAGCUUUAGAGAGUGGACCAAAAAUGAAAAGCUGCUCUGUGCGUACCUGUAUAGCACCUUACCAGUUCAUCCACGCCGAACUCUUGAUCAGUUUUAUUAUCAUAUGUUGGAAGACACUGAACACCGAGACCAGGAUCAAGUCAUCACCCGCUACUAUCACAAUGUAUGGAGGCGGAAUCACGAAUUGCCUGCUGACGAAGAAGAGUACAAUUUUGGGAAACCGACUUCGGCCACCCCAGAAUCUGCAUUUAAUCUCGAUAAUCCGGAUCCACAGGGGCCUGAGGCGUCAAAGGGGAUUUCUCCCGCCGGUCGAAGGCUAACUUCAGUGUCUGGUAACCAGAUGAACGAGGAGUCGCCCAGCAUUCUUCAGAGCAGACGGAACACAAAGAUUGAUGAGCCUGAAGAAGAGUUCACGGAGCCUAAGGAACAAGCACAUGUGCUAAUGGUGGAUCAGCUUUGGCUCUGGAUCCUCGAUGAGAACACAAUUAUCACAAGUUUUCCGCAAAACUGGACACAUGAUGUCGAAGAUUCCCAGGUUGAAGGCGAUCCUCAGGAUGUCCUGAAGAGCAUACAGAAAUAUCUCACACUUGUGAACAGGCCGCCACUGGAGUCGGUUUACGACCUGGCUCAAUUGAUUGUGUACAAGUGCCUCGCAACAUUUUGCAACAAGCCAACACCUUAUAGACAAAUGCAAAUACUGGAUGUGUAUGAAAGUGCCAUUGCAUCUGUUACCGAUGAAGAAACCAAGCUUUUCAACAAAUUCGCAAAUGAAUCGAAAGAUGCUUGGUCUAAGGAGAGAACUACUGCUAAGCACAGCAGAAGUCCAGAGGAGCUUUACAACAUAGACAAGGAAAUUGAGCAGCUAAAGGAGAUCAAAGAUAUUCAAGAUGAACUUCACAUUCUGUCUGUGCUACUUGAAUCCCAACUCCCUGUUCUGCAGGAAGCUUCGGAUGCAUUGAGUAGGCCGGCAGAGACUUCUGAGCCCAAACCAAAAUCUUCUGUCAUUUCUCAAACUGGUGGAUCUCUUCAGAACAAUGUAGGACAAACCGUACCCUAUAGUUCAGAGUUCGACUUCGAAAGGUUGCACAAGAUGGUACAGGAACAAGAAGUGAGGGUCAAGGGACUCAAAGAUCAAGCAGAACAGGCAAACAAGGCUCUGAAUCACCUGCUUGACCUGAAACAAAAGCAAGCAAAUGUUUCUGAAGCACGGUCAGCAAGAUGGACUGCAGAGUCAACCAAGCAACAAGGAAACAUCAUGGUGCUCUUCACACUCGUUACUAUCAUCUUUGCUCCUCUCUCCCUCCUAGCCACUAUCUUCAGCCUCCGAGUGGUAGAAUUCCCCACUACGCUACACAUGCGCUUCGUUGUAAAGUACAUGUUCGUUGUCUCCAUCGCAGUUAUUGUCCCGCUUAUGGGACUCGUCAUCUAUACAACCCGUCAUGCUAUUGGCAAAGUCUUAGAGCGCCUUAACCAGCGGCUUGGGACUCGGAGAUGGUUCCAUCAGGUCACGUGGCAGCGUCGAAAGCAAAUAUUGCGGAAGAGGUGGAAGGGUGACGAUGGCGAAAAUGCUUCUAGCGAUACAGAAAUACCCCAGUCAGGGUCAGAAGCCACUAGGGGACCGAGACAGAGGUUGAACUUUUGGAAAUCGAGGAAGAAGGCGGUGGAAGAUGCUGAGAAAGGUACUUAAGAGCCCCAAAGAAAACAUGCUCUGCAAUUCCCUGAACUGCUUUAUGUCUCUCAGAUAUAUAUAAGAAGUGAUACACAACAAGUAUGCGAACAAACUGUGUUUUGGUACAUUCAAAGCAUCUUUGGAGUAUGUCAUGUAUGCACGUGUGCACCUCAGGACAAUAUACCUCAAAGGAAAAAGCAGGUUCCGACCCACCGUGGGAGGGGCACUUUCCUAGAAUAAUAAUCAUAUCACUG